UUCAAGAAAGAGCAAAAACUGCGCUGGCCGCGGCAGUGUUCCGGGGGCCAGAUGCGCACACCUGCCGGCCCGCGCGCCAGUGGCGCAGGCUGGGGACACCUCGCCGUGCCGCAGGGACAGUGUGGCCCUGCCGGGCGCACGGCAUGCGGCUUCCUGCGCUGCGCCCGAGCUCCGGCGGCUCUCCGGGCUGUGCGUGCUCGCGAAGCAGAAGCAGCAGCAGCGCUGACGCCAGGCAGAGCAGGCACACGUAGUGCGGGGUUCAGGGCACAGAAACUCGCCGCUCGCGCGGGGUUCCGCUCCGCCCGAGUCCGGAGACGCUGUCCAGCGGAGAGGGGCCGCGGCAGAGGCGGAGGCUGCGGUGCGCGCGUCCGACCUGCGGCGUUUCUCCCCAGCGCGGCCGGGGUCCGAGACUCGGCCCGACCUCUGGAGCGCCGGACCCCGCUGCGCUGCACCCCGCAGCCUGCGCUGCACCCCGCAGCCUGCGCUCCCGCAGCCACCCUGUGCCCGCCGCCCCGGCCGGGCGCAGGAGGCGGAGCCGCGCAGCCCACUGGGGCGCUGCGAGGUCCCGGAGAAGUUUGUUGGCGCGGAACCGGGCACGCACCCCACGCGCUCGCCGCUGGCAAGCAGGCGGGCGUGCAAGCGAGACCUGCCUGGCGCAGAGGGUGGAGAAGAGGAGGUAGCCGCCAGGGACCGAAAAUUAAUUCUGUCCCCGGAAGACAGAAAACCGAGACAGUCACUGGUGCACACUUCCAGGAGACUGUGAUCUCCAAGUGGUCAGAAACGUACAUGAGGUUUUCUGGAAAAGGAAGAAGAUGUGGCAGUAAAGCAGAAGAGUGCCUCUGUGACGGACAGAUCUGUGUCCACUUGCUCAUGUGGUUUCAAGGCACAAUGCGGCACAGUGGCUCUUGGAAACUUUGGCCUUGGGUGGCACUGCUCCUGCUUCCUGCUUCCACUUCUGUGACAGUCAGAGACAAGCCAGAAAAAUCAUGUCCUGUACUGAUGACAGAGGGAAGUCAGUUUACACAAGACGACAGAAAUAAACUUGCGGUUUCAGGUUUUGAUUUAGGAAAGAGCUUUUCUCUGAGACAUGCAUUUUGUGAAGGCGAUAAGACCUGUUUCAAAUUAGGAAGCACACUUCUGAUUAGAGACACUAUUCAGGUGUUUCCAAAUGGUCUUCCAGAGGAAUUCUCCAUAGCAGCCACAUUUCGUGUACGAAGAAACACCAAGAAGGAACGGUGGAUUCUGUGGCAAGUCUUAAACCAGCAGAAUAUGCCUCAGAUUUCCGUAGCAGUUGACGGUGCAAAGAAGGUGGUGGAAUUUAUGUUCCAAGCUUCCGAGGGAGACGUGUUGAACUACGUCUUUAAAAAUAGGGAACUUCGCCCUUUGUUUGAUCGUCAGUGGCAUAAACUUGGCAUUGGUGUGCAAUCUCGGGCCGUGUCACUCUACAUGGACUGCGAUUUAAUCGCAAAUCGGCAGACCGAUGAGAAGGACCCGGUUGAUUUUCAGGGAAGGACAGUUAUCGCUGCUCGAGCUUCGGACGGCAAGCCCGUGGACAUUGAACUUCACCAACUUAAAAUCUACUGUGAUACAAACUUCAUAGCUCAAGAAGCAUGUUGUGAAAUAUCAGCUACUAAGUGCCCAGAGCUGGAGGUCUCUGGAAGAAUGUCAUCACCAUCAGUAACCGCUCAUGGUGGUAAAAUGUUUGCAUAUCUACCAGCAAAGCAGGAACUUCAAGACCUGUGUCCCUGCGUUCCAAGCAAGGGAGAAGCAGGAUUGCCAGGAGCUCCUGGGUCACCUGGGCAGAAAGGGGAGCAAGGAAAGCAGGGCAUAGCUGGUACUAAAGGUGAAUUUGGAGCUCCUGGAAUUCCUGGGGAAAAGGGUGAAAAUGGCUUACCUGGGGCUCCAGGCUUACCUGGUCAAAAGGGAGAUCAAGGUUUUGAAGGCAUCAAAGGAGAAGCUGGUGAAAAGGGUGAACAAGGAGCCAAAGGAGACUCAGGUCUGGCUGGCCCUAAGGGACAAGAUGGUAUGAAAGGUGACUUAGGUCCUCGUGGUCCACCUGGCCCAAAAGGAGAAAAGGGAGAUAUGGGACCUCCAGGACCACCAGCCUUAACAGGUUCCACAGGGAUUCAGGGGCCUCAAGGUCCACCUGGGAAAGAAGGUCAAAGGGGAAGACGAGGAAAGCCAGGACCCCCAGGAAAACCAGGACCCCCAGGACCACCCGGUGAAACUGGACUGUCAGUAUUUCCAGAGUCUUUUGGCCCUAAACGACAAAAAGGAGAACCUGGGGAACCUUUUAUAAAAGGUGAAAAGGGAGACAGGGGAGAACCUGGGAUAAUGGGAUCGCAGGGAAUAAAGGGCGAACCUGGAGACCCUGGUCCACCUGGUUUAAUAGGAAGCCCAGGACUGAAGGGUCAGCAAGGACCUGCAGGUUCCAUGGGGCCCAGAGGACCACCAGGAGAUGUCGGCUUGCCAGGAGAACAUGGUGUCCCAGGGAAGCAAGGCCUUAAAGGAGAAAAGGGAGAUCCAGGCGGCAUUAUAGGCCCUCCAGGACUUCCAGGUCCAAAGGGUGAGUCCGGUCCCCCAGGGAAGAGCCUGCCAGGAGAACCAGGUUUAGAUGGAAAUCCUGGAGCACCUGGUCCACGUGGGCCAAAGGGCGAGAGAGGACUGCCUGGUGUCCAGGGUUCCCCAGGUGACACAGGUCCACCAGGGAUAGGGAUUCCAGGCAGAAUGGGCUCCCAAGGUCCAGCUGGAGAGCCAGGUGUUCAGGGUCCCCGGGGUCUUCCUGGAUUGCCAGGAACUCCAGGGAAUGACGGAGCUCCAGGGAGGGAUGGAAAGCCAGGCCUGCCAGGCCCCCCAGGUGACCCGAUUGCGCUGCCUCUCUUGGGAGACAUUGGUGCCUUGUUCAAGAAUUUCUGCGGCAACUGCCACGCCAACGUCCCUGGGCUUAAAAGCAACAAAGGAGAUGAAGGGGUCCCAGGGGAGCCUGGACAGUACGAUCCUCUAGCCCGGAAGGGUGACAUGGGGCCACGGGGUCCUCCAGGAAUCCCAGGCAGAGAGGGGCCAAAGGGAACCAAAGGAGAGCGAGGCUACCCUGGAAUGCCUGGGGAGAAAGGUGACGAGGGUCCUCAAGGAAUUCCAGGUGUUCCAGGUGCCUCAGGCCCAACUGGGCCCCCUGGAUUAUUAGGAAGAACUGGACAUCCUGGUCCCAUGGGAGCAAAGGGUGACAAGGGCAGCGAGGGACCUCCUGGGAAACCUGGACCCCCGGGACCACCUGGUAUACCAUUCAGUGAAGGGAAUGGCAUGAGCAGUUUAUAUAAAAUCCAGGGAGGCAUGAAUGUUCCCAGUUUCCCAGGACCACCUGGUCCCCCUGGCCCCAAAGGCGAUCCUGGCCCAGUGGGGGAGCCUGGUGCAAUGGGCUUGCCAGGACUAGAAGGAUUUCCAGGCAUAAAGGGAGAUAGAGGCCCAGCAGGUCCUCCAGGAAUAGCUGGGGUAUCGGGAAAACCUGGUACCCCAGGACCUCCGGGAGUCCCAGGGGAGCCGGGGGAAAGAGGACCUGUUGGAGAUGUAGGUUUCCCUGGACCAGAAGGACCCCCUGGAAAACCAGGAAUAAAUGGAAAAGAUGGCUUACCAGGUGCUCAGGGCCUCAUGGGGAAACCUGGAGACAGAGGCCCCAAAGGAGAACGUGGUGAUCAGGGAAUUCCUGGAGACAGAGGUCCACAAGGUGAAAGAGGAAAACCAGGCUUUAUGGGCAUGAAAGGAGCCAUAGGUCCUGUGGGGCCACCAGGAAGCAAGGGCUCUGUUGGAUCACCUGGCCACCAAGGCCCCCCGGGAGCCCCAGGCCUCCCUAGUGCUCCGGCUGAUGCAGUUUCAUUCGAAGAAAUAAAGAAGUAUAUUAAUCAAGAGGUCCUAAGGAUUUUUGAAGAGCGGAUGGCUGUGUUUCUGUCCCAGCUCAAGCUGCCAGCAGCCAUGUUGGCAGCCCAAGCUCCUGGGCGGCCUGGUCCACCUGGCAAGGAUGGGUUACCUGGACCACCAGGAGACCCUGGACCCCAAGGGUACCGAGGACAGAAAGGAGAAAGAGGGGAACCUGGAAUCGGGCUGCCCGGGAGCCCAGGAAUUCCUGGGACUUCAGCAAUUGGCUCUCCAGGUGCCCCAGGCUCUCCAGGCGCACCAGGGCCCCAGGGGCCCCCAGGACCCAGUGGAAAAUGUAAACCAGAGGACUGCCUGCAUCCUGGGUCUCAUGCCCAUCAGCAGACAGGUGGAAAGUGAACACACUCGAGGAAGACUUUCUCAGGCCAGACCGCCCUGCCACUGGAGCAGUCGUGAUUCUGUCAAACUCUCAGAGUUGUGGGCUGCUUUUUUGGUUUCUCCUCUGGUGUAAACCAAACAUUAAAAACAACAAUUUAGAUCCUAACCCUAUAAUAAUUCAAAUCGGUCAUUUUAGAUUUUUUCCCAAGUUUUUUAUGUAUGUUUCUCUUUAUCAUUACUAUGAUUUCUAUUCAGAGUUUUAUAUGAAAUAUGAAAACAAAUCUUGCAAUUAGUUCUUCAAAAAGAAAAUGUAUGACUUACACUGAUGAUGAGGUACGUUUUGUAGACUCAUCAACAGGUGGCCGAUGUUGGAUUUCUCAAUUUUAAAGCUUCAGACUUACACUGAAGUUUAAUUUGUGUUUCAAUUUACUAUCAGUGUUAAAAAAUUUUGUCAGCUUUUUGAGAGAGUGGAUUGCUUCUGUUGACUUGUUUGCUUUUUAACACAAGAAUUUUUAUGUCAUCCUACAUCCGUUCUACUUAACACAGAAAAUAUGUAGACAAUAAGAGCUUCAUUUUAUAACUUAUGUUUUGGAAAUAAUACCGGAGAUUAUUUCAUCAGGUACCCCAAAAAUUCACCAUAGCCAAGUAUCUUGUAAUUUUUUAUAAUGAGCUCAAGUCAAAGCAAUCACCGCUGGCAUGAACUGCAUGGGGACAGAGGGGGAAAAAUUCAGAUUGUUUAGGAAUUCCACAAGAAAACCUAACAUUCUGGCUUCUCCAGAGAGCUUCUCCUUUGAUAAGCAAAUGAAAGGUGUUUUCCUACCUAAGAGCUUUUUAGUAGUGAUAGCACAAAGCUGUUCUUCAGCACUCCUGAGGCCUGAAUAGCCUGGCAAGAUGGGCCCUGAAGUCAUUCUUCUGACCUCAUGACCCUCAGACUCCAAGACAAGAACUGGUCAUCAAAACAAAAGGCAGGAGGCGUCUCAGUGGAAAAACAGCCUAUUUGCCCUAGAAGAUGAAUGUGUGGGAUCAGCAAAUGUAUACCUCGAAGAUGAAACCCUCAGCUCCUAAGGAGAAUAGUUUCUCAAAAGCCACACUGAGAGGGACAGCGGAGGACAGCCACCGCCCUGCAGGCUACUAGCAGUCAGCACAAGAAGCACCACUUGCUUCCAAACUCACUCUGCAAAGGAAACUUCAGAUAGAGUCUCCAUCAGCCGAAUGUCAGCACGGUGUUGUACUGCCUGCCUGGGAGUCAUCUGGGGACAUUUUGGUAGAAAGCCACUUAUGGUCAGGAAUGUGGCUAUGGGGAUGUUGUUGAGCUCUAGCUGGUAGGUCCCAGGUGCAGAGAGCUUCACCACCAAAAACCUCCACUCUGCAGUCAGGUCACACCUCGGCAAGGAGCAGCACGAGCUCCAUGUUGGCAAACAUGUGGUAGGAUAUUUGCUUUUGUCUGUGCAUUAACUGAAACCUGAGUCUACAGAAAGAGAGCCCGCUGAAAACGGGCAAAGCUGUGAACAGUGAUGCCUGAGACGGCCCCUAAAUUAGGGCAGGAUUUGUGUAAGUGCACCCAUGAUCCGUUGGAUUUCAUUGUGUUGGAUGGACUGCUGGUCAGGUUCUGUUGACAUGGCUGUGCAUACAUCUAACCUUUUAGUGACUUCGUAUGGAACUUUGCUGUAUAUUUUAAUUCCACAUUUAUUUAUUUUACUUUCCAAAGUUACUCUAACUGUUUGUAACUUUGAUUUUCUUCUUCACUUUCUUUCCUGUGCAGUAGCUACAAUGGUGCUGUGUUUUCAACUUCACACAAUUGGAAUUUACAUGUUUUUCUUAUGUGUUUUCUUAGCAAAAUGAUAUUUAUCCCCCCCCCAAAAUGUAUAUAGAUUUAAAAUCAGGUGCUAUGUGUAUAUCUUGAGAUUUUAAUUUGUUGAAUUUUUUGAAAGAUUACAACUUAUGUGACACAUUCAUUUACUUGAAUUUGUUUUUAAACUAAACAUUUUCAUGUUGCAAAGAUUAUUUUUUUCAUGUUAAUAGGUUUAUCCUUUUGCUUCUUGGAUAACUCAAAAUAUUUAUUUUAUCAUCUUAAUGUUUUUAUUGACUUUUUGCUGAUAGCAAUUAUGUUUUAGUUGAUACUUUUAUAUAUACAAAAAGAUGUGGUUCAUUUUCUUUACAAAUUUUGUUCAUUUCACUUCUACAGAAUAUGCCAUGCAUCCUUUCUUAACAAAUUAUAUAGUUAGGAAUCUUUCUUUUUUAAAUUCCAUGAAUGCUUAACUGGUUUAUUUCAGUUUCAAGGAUUUGGGUUUAUUUUGAUGAUUUCAACAGGGGAGGGGUAAAUAUGUUACAUGGUGCACACUACAUAGUGAAACUGUCACCAUAAUUCAAGCUGGGACAGAUGACUAAAUAUGAUGUAAGCAGAAAAACAGCACUGUGGCCCUGAAGUACAAGCUUCUUACACUACUGUUAUUUGCCCGCACUCACUUUGUCCUGCUCCGGUUCUGUUCACAUGAUGGGCCGCAAGAACCAGAAACUCUGGGCCCUGGUUAAUGUGGCUCCAAGUGCAGCGGAGCUCUGGCAGCUGCACAGUUCUUUUAAUAAAAAGAAAGCAGACAAGUUGAGCCCCAAAGUAGGGUGGGAAAUUUCCCUCUGAAUAACCUGACGGUUGCCAAUUCUCUUGUACCAUGUUGUUCCAUUCCAAAACAUUUGUUUACUCCCAAAUAAUGUCCGUGAUGUCUACAGAAGGGAAGAAUUAUUAAUUUUGUCUCAUUUCCUCAGACAACGUAAGUUUUCAAAUAUAAUUACAGGCUGUGAUGACAAUACUAGAAUUGGGUGUUUUUUUUUUUCCAUUUACAAGUAUAUUUGAAUUCCAGUCUUAAAUUUUAUACUAAGAUCACUUUACACUUUUAGAUGGUAAAACUUCAGUUAUUUGUGGCCUUCAUGAUAUAAAGGAAAAAGACAAAAUCAUGCAUUUAUUCAUCAUUCUUUCCUACUGAAGACAUUCUCAGUUCUAACCAUAACAUAACACAGCCAGUCUUAACUUCUGAAACUUACACUUCAAUUAUAGUAAUUUAGUGUGACUUUAAAAUAUGUAUUUCUGUCUCUAUUUAACAUUGUUGAAAUUUUUAAAUUUUAGUCACUUAUAAACUUAAUUAUUUCAAGGCGCAUUGUCUAUAAAAAUUGUCAUUUGAUGUUUAGCUUAUAAAGUAAUUCUUUGUGACUGUGUACUAGGCAUUCAAUAAGGUUUAGUUUUUCUGCAGUCUCUCCCACCUGUUGAGAACCUAUGAAAUACCUCUUUUAGUCCACAAGAUGGUGUUAGGCUCUAUGACUUGAACAGACUCACAAAACUGCCGCCUAAGAAUGGGCUCGUGGACAUUAAAAUCAUACCUUUCACUUGCACUUUUUUUUAAACUUUUGUAAAUAGCUUUUAUUUAUGUUUUGCUAAUUUAUGUUGUUCCUGGUUUAACUAUCUUUGCGAAACAGGCACAAUAGCCUUCGGUUUGUUGGCUGUUUCAAUUUUAUUUCUUCAGUCUACAUAUACUUAUAUACUUAGUUAAAUGCAAAUUCAUCAUUUGUUACUUUGUAUACUACCCUCAUAUUUUAGUGAUUAAUGUAAAAAUAUCUAAAUACAUAGCCUGAAUUUUAGAAAAUACUCUCUUCACAAACAAAAGUAUUUAGCUUUUCACAAGAAAUUAUAAAACUACCCAGUGUCUAACUCUAUAUUUUUCAAGACUUAGUUUUGUGAUUAGACCUGUGCCAUUCUUGCAUUUUUCUCUCACUAUUUAUGAAAGAUAGGGAUACUGUUUUUGAAACUACUGUUUUUCUCCUAAAUUGUUAAUCACAUCCUGAGACUGACAAUUCCAGGUCUAAGACAUAUGCUGAAGUUGUUUUAGUGAACCCUCAGACUAGUUCUGCAGAUUAGUCUUUGACCUUGUUCUUAUUUUUCCCACCACUCCUAAACCACCUUCUUAAAACACAGGAGGACAGCCAGGCGCAGUGGUGCACACCUGUAAUCCUACCGCUUGGGAGGGUAAGGCAAGAGGAUUACUGUGAGUUUGAGGCCAGCCUGGGCUACAAACUGAGUUCAAGGCCAGCCCUAAUUGUACAGUGAGACCCUGUCUCAAAAAGACAAAAAAAGAUAUACAAGUAUCUCCCAUGGUGGCAUGCCAUUUCUUUUUUUUUUUUUUUUUUUUUUUUGUCUUUUUCCUUUUUAUCAGUACCAGGGAUCGAACCCACCACUGCCUGCUUGCAACGCAGGCGCUUAUGCCACUGAGCUAAAUCCCCAGCUUCGGUAUGCCAUUUCUUAAUGCUUUAGAGUAUUAUUGUUGAGGCACAUACUCCCCUUUCCUAUCUCUCCUCUCACAAAGAUUACUCAAGUUUCUGAAAGAAAGAGAUUCAAAAGAAUUUAAUUAGUACCUCUCAUACCUUUGUACUUCACAGCGACUCAGCCAGUGAAUUGUAUUCAUUAUUUGGCUGAUAAAAAUAACAUUAACUACAUUAAAUUUGUUCAAAUACUGGGCGUCUCCAGAAACAGGACAAAUAGUCAUUUUCAUUCUUAUUUUCUGAUGUAGCUGGAGCUAUAGUCUCAGUAUCUCAUGCACAAAAGCACGCCAGAGUAACUGAUCAGUUAAGUUUGGUUAAGUGGAAUGAGGCACAGGCAAUCACAGAGGUCAUUCAGUCAGCAAGCAGACAGGCAUUGAACAAACCUUCCCUGAAAGAUAAGACCAAAGCCAAGUCUAAGAAAAGCUAAAUGCAAUAAAAUUUCAAGUUCAGCUUUAACAGUAAAUGACACAACACAAAUCAAGGAAUUUGUCAAAAGUGAAAAAUAAAGUGAGAGUCUCACUAAAUUUAGAGGGUAGUUAUAUAAGAUUUAAAUUUAAUAGUUAAUGGAAGUGUGUGUGCCACUUGACCAUAAUAAGCUUAUUUUACAACUUGUUAUUUUGCUAUGUUAAAGAAUACUUGGGGAUAUUUUUAGCAUGUUGAUGUAUUUCCAUUUGGAUUGUAUUAUGGCAUAUUUUAUAACUAUUUAUUUGUAAAAUAACAUUUGGGAUAUAUUUUCUUUCAUUUUGUUUGUUUCUCUCUUACCUCAUCAAGCUCUUUAAAGUUUAACUCAUUAUACUCAUGUUAAGUGGAAUGGCACUCAUUUUAUUCUAAAUCCCAAGUGGAUAAAAUACUUUGAGGCCUUGAUCCUUCUAUCUUUAUUAAUGAGCUUGUUGCCUAUCUCAGCAAUAAAGGAUUUGACCCUAAAUCAGGGAAUUCUAAGGUGCAGUUGUUAAUGCCGAAUCUACUUUUCCCCACUUCUUGUGGCUGAAGCUCCACGUUUCAGUUUCAUCCUACGAGGUCUCCACCAUGGUAAAGCCAUAAGCAUUGUCUUACGAAGGUCCGUCACAGGCAUCUAGGUGACCCCGAAGUGAUCUGCAGGAUUCAUGUUCAGACCAUUUGGUAAUUACAGUUUUGUCACAUAAUUUUAUAACCUAUCUUUCCAGUCACUUGUGACAAGCCUAAUCUAAAGAUUUCAGGUAAGAAUUUUAAACAGAAGCAAAAAUCAGAGUGGCAAUCCUUUAAGACAUUAGUUCCCCAAAGUGAUGGCCUCACUAAAAUCAUUUGCAACUCUCUGUUGUAAAGGUUUCUGUGUAAGAUAAGAAAUACCACAACUAACUUUCCUUAGAACUUAAGCUCUUAAAUCAUUAAUGAUAAGAGAGGCCCACAUGUACUUGAAAUGCAUAGCAUGUUUUGUUAACAGAAAUUAACUACAUCAAAACAUGCCAGUGGAUUUCCACAUUUAUUUAGACUGGAUAAUGAUGUACAUAGUUUUGAACUAUUAUCUUCAGAUCCUCUUAGGCUAAAUCAGCUAGAUGUUCUCUAAGGCAAGUUGUCUUCCCACACACAAAUGUUCAACUUGGAGGCCAAAGGCAAAUUUACAUAAAUGUCAAAAUGAAGCUUCUCUGAGCAGAUUCUCCUCAUUCCUCCUCUCUGCAGUUAUUCUUUGAUAAACUGAAGUCAAGGGCAAGAUGUGGAGGCAUGUUAAACAGAAAAUUAAUAUUAACUGCUGUGUAUCAAGAUGAAAAAUAAGGAUCAAUUAAUAUCCCCUUGAUCAUUAAAUAGCAUUUGAGCAGGGGUACUUAUAAACAGUAAUAGUCAAUUUGGAUUUAAUACUUAAGAUUUACUGAGUCCUAUGUACUUAAUACCAUCAUAUCCAGUAUGGUAAGUUCAAGAAAACAGACUAAAUAUACAAGUGAAGAAAAUUUUACCACAUGCAAAGGUUUGACCUGUGCUUCCCUAACACAAUCCUUUUAAGAAGAAAUUUUAAAUUACUUUGGUGCUUAAAUUAUCUGUUGUCAACGGCAGGGUAAAUAAUGUGCUAGUACCUUUUUCUCUAUACUAUUUCUUCACUCCUUUCGUCACUGUUACCAACAAAUGUUUGUAAGUCAUUGUCUUGAUAUUUGAAAUGAUUUUACAUGUCUCUAGUGACUUUCCACCUAUACUGAUUUAUUUUUAAACUUGGAGAUUUUUAUACCUCAUAACAUCAUAAUAGUCAAAAAAUAAGUGAAUGAUACAAGUGCAGGUGGUCUUCUAAAGCAGGGAUUUACAUUAAUUAAGUUCAUUUCAGAAUGCGAGUAAAUCAGAUCUCACUACUCAUAUUUAAGUAUAGUAAUACCAGUUUAGCCAGUUUAAAGUAUUUCAAGUCAGUCACCUAAAACAAUAUUACUUCUCUUUCAUCUCAUACUGUCAGACAGAAAGACAAAUGUCCCACACCAUACAGUGAUUCUGUGCCCUCUGUCAUAUUGGAAAGUGAUUUCCAUAGUUCUUAGCCAGCCCUUCAGAUAUUUGGGAUGAAAAUUAUAGCAUACUGCCAAAAGAAGCAUUGACCAGAAAUAAAUCAGAAAUCAUUUGCUCCUGAUCAACAUGCCAGUUUCUAACCAGCAUUAAUUAUUUGCACAUUCCUUUCUUUGCAAAUACUCUGACACUUCACCCGACUGUUAAAAUAGCUGGAGGACUGAAGACUUCCAUUUUGCUAGACAGACAUACUUGAUCUAAUUCAAAAGUUGUUGGCUCUCUUUUGCAGAAAUUUGCUGGGCACUUUUCUUUGCAAUUUCUUUAAAGUAUUUAGAGCUUCUAUAAGCUAUUUUUCUUAACUGAAAUUUAUAGUGGCGUGUCCCACCAUUUGAAUGUGCUAGUUUUACAUAAUCUAUAUGUAAGUGGUUGUUUCCAGUGUUACUAUACUCGUGGAGCUUGUUACACAGCCUUCAUAUAUAUCAGUUUUGUAAAACAGAUGAGUGAACUGUUCUUUGAAACUUUAUUUUUUUUAAUUUUCUUAUGAAUAUGAUAUUAUAGAACUGAGAAACAUGUUUGAUUAUUGGAUUUUUUUCUUUUGUUGUAUUUUGAUUAUGUCACUCUAAUUCAAAUAAAAGCACUUUGGUGAAAAGAUA